AUGCCACUUACACCAGCUCAGAGCCUGAACUCAGACGAUUUGAUGGACUUAUCGUUUGGACCCAAUUUGGGGGGAGAGGGACUGGCUAAUUCCCCCUCAAUUGCUGUGUCUCUCCGUGAUCUGAACAAUCAUAGACCCCUUGACAUCGUCCUUGAACCAAUAGGUCCCAGAGUCCCAAUCGACGAGGGACCCUUUCCCAGAGGCAUGAGCUACUCCCGACCACUUGCUGGAAGCAAUCUCCAGGCAUUUCAAGCUUUGUGCCAGGAUGCCGGCUUGGAUAUUGACCAUGAGUUAACCGCACAAAACCUUGCACAGCUAUCCAACAUGGAAAGCAAGGUAGAUAGCCUCACCCUUGAGGUUGCCAACCUGAAGGACACUGUUGAAGAGGCGUUGACCACGGCUACAAACCACCCAGAGGAGGCCACUAAUAGGACCAACAAUGCUCCCGUUGUUUCCCAAGCUGUUUGGGUGGCAAGCAAAGAGCUCAACCAACUGAUUGUUGGGAAAGCGAUGGAGAUGAUCACUAAUCCCAUCUUGGAGGCUUACACCGCUGUGGACACUGGUGGUCGUGGUCGUCGUGCGGGAAAAAAAAUCCAGGGGGUUUGGCUGCCCCAUUCCCUAUUCAACACCAUCAAACAACAUUGCAACAGUCAAUCUCCAGCAUGGAAAGCGGAUCACCUUCCCCCCAAAAACCUAGGUAUCACCGAUGCAACAGCUACCAAGUUAUAUCACAAAGCUAUCAGAAAUCAUUUGAAACAUGUGCGUGAGAGGUAUCACAAGUUGCUUUUGACCGGCAUUGACGAGUAUCACAAUUCCAGCCACGGAGAAGGAGACGGGGCACGUGAGGGUGAAGGCGAAGGCGAAGGAGAUGGCAACAGCGAACCACGCGAAGGCGAAGGCGAAUCCAGAAUUGUGGUACCUUACAUAGAGGAUCUGAUGUACUUGAUUGCCCAAAAAUUUGACACCGUUGGCAAACAUGCAAACUCCGCCUCGUUGUGGGCGUCCACCUCGGGUGCUACGCGCGCCAGGCUAGCAUACUUGCGGCGCGAAGCAGCACGCAUCUACCAAAUUGGCCGAGGCUCCAGCUCUAUAUGGGACGCGGUUGAUGGACAGCUGAACGUUUUGAGAUCAAAACCGGGCAAUUAUUCGGUUUCGUUUUAUAGCCUGGUAUAUGCCAAAGAUAAGGAGGUUUUUACUGGUAAAACAACCUUUGUUGAGGUGAAGAAAAAAUAUGACUUCAAGUUGCCAUCGGACGUCGAGAUCAUCGCUGGUAUACCGCUACAAGCCACUCCUGAGUGA